AUGGCGUCGGCGGUGUUCUUUCUCGACCUGAAGGGCAAGACGCUUCUGGCGCGCAACUACCGCGGAGACAUUCCCAUGUCAGCUGUCGAGAAGUUCCCCAUCCUACUCAGCGAGGCCGAAGAAGAGAGCUCCGCCGUCCCACCAUGCUUCUCCAACGAAGGCAUCAACUACCUUUACAUCCGCCACAACAACCUCUACCUCCUCGCCAUCACCAAGCGAAACACAAAUGCCGCCGAGAUUCUGCUUUUCCUGCACAAGAUCGUCGAGGUCUUCACCGAGUACUUCAAGGAGCUGGAGGAGGAGAGUAUACGAGACAACUUUGUCGUCAUCUACGAGCUGCUCGAUGAGAUGAUGGACUUUGGCUAUCCGCAAACAACCGAGACGAAGAUCUUGCAAGAGUACAUCACACAGGAGUCGCACAAGCUCGAAGUCCAAGCACGGCCGCCCAUCGCAGUCACAAACGCCGUCAGCUGGCGAAGCGAAGGCAUCCGCUACCGCAAGAACGAAGUCUUCCUCGACGUCGUCGAAUCGCUCAACCUCCUCGUCUCCGCUACCGGCAGCGUGCUGCGGUCUGAGAUUCUGGGUGCGGUCAAGAUGAAGUGCUACCUCUCUGGUAUGCCAGAAUUGCGGUUAGGCCUGAACGACAAAGCCAUGUUCGAGACUACCGGAAGAGCGACGCGGGGCAAGGCGGUCGAGAUGGAGGAUGUCAAGUUCCACCAAUGUGUACGGUUAUCAAGAUUUGAGAACGACAGGACCAUCAGCUUCAUUCCGCCCGAUGGUGAGUUUGAGCUGAUGAGCUACCGACUCAACACACAAGUGAAGCCUUUGAUCUGGGUCGAGUGCAUAGUAGAGAGCCACUCUGGCAGCAGGAUAGAAUACAUGUUGAAGGCAAGAGCGCAGUUUAAGCGACGCAGCACUGCCAACAACGUCCAAAUUUCCAUCCCCGUACCAGAAGACGCAGAUAGCCCGCGCUUCCGAACCAACAUUGGUAGCGUACACUACGCCCCAGAAACCUCUUCGAUAGUAUGGAAGAUCAAGCAGUUUGGUGGCGGCAAGGAGUUCCUCAUGCGCGCUGAGCUCGGUCUGCCCUCUGUACGUGGCGAUGACGAGAAGGGCGGUGGUAUGAUGGGUGGAUUUGGUGGCAGCAUGGGUGGAGUGGGAGCUGGAAAGGCGAAGCGGCCCAUCAACGUCAAGUUCGAGAUCCCGUACUUCACGACAUCUGGUAUUCAGGUGCGGUACCUAAAGAUCAUUGAACCAAAGUUGCAAUAUCCGUCGCUGCCGUGGGUGCGGUACAUCACACAAUCAGGCGACAUCGCGGUACGGUUGCCAGAUGUGAAGUAG